AUGAUUCUUCAUCGUUUCUUUCAUUUUGACUCGGAAAUCUCAUCAAAGAAACGUUUUGGUUGCUUCGCUUUAAUAGGUUUUACUUUUGCAAUAAUACUUGCUACGGCUGUCAUUAAGUUCAAAUACAAACAUAACCAGGACAUUAGUGGAACAAGCAUACCAUCGGGUAGCAUUAGUUUUACAAUCUUAAAUUAUGAAACAGCAAUAACAAUGAUGACAGAAAUUGCAACAGAUUCCCAAGAAUUCACUGAUGACGCGACAAUUCAGAAUCAGAUAUUACCUACUAGUUCAACAAUAAUCAAUACUACUAAUAAUAAAUCGGAAACAACACCUAGUAUUAAAUCAUAUUAUUGGACCCAAGAUGCAUCUUUAUCGAAAAGAAGAUCAGCUUUUGGUGCAGUACUUCUAGCCAAUGGAACAAUUAUGGCCGCUGGUGGACUUGAAAAUACAACGACCGUCAUAAGAACAUCUGAGCUGUAUUCGUCAUCUAUUGGUUGGACCGUAGGAACUCAAAUGAAAAGUUUUCGAUAUUACUUUACGUUAACUUCUUUUGCGAAUAAUACUAAAGUAUUGGCAGCAGGUAGUGAUCAGUCUUCCUACCAACAAACAGCUGAAGUUUAUGAUAUGAUAAAAAAUACAUGGACAUUAACAUCAACAAAUAUGACAACAGGUCGACAUUCACAUGCUGCUACGCUUCUUCAAAAUGGUUCCAUACUUAUUCUAGGUGGAAAGAAUUCUUCUAGUACUAUUCUUUCCGAUGUUGAUAUCUUCAUGCCAUCUUCAAACUCAUUCUCCAAAGUUAAUAGUAUGAAUAUGGGUCGAUAUUUAUUUACAAGUACAUUACUCAAUGAUGGAUCUACAGUACUCGUUACAGGUGGUACCAGUACUAACAAUCAAAUGACAUCAACUGCUGAACUUUAUGUAUCAGGUUCAUGGAUACCUACAAAUACUAAUAUGACUCAAUUACGCGCUUAUCAUUCUGCUGUUCUUCUAAAGAAUGGAAAUGUAUUGAUUGCAGGUGGGGGAGAUGGGAGUACAGUUUCAUAUUCAACUGCUGAGAUUUAUAAUACAACGACACGUACUUUUAAGUCAACUGGAUCAAUGAAAUAUAGGCGAGGAUCAUUUACUCUUACAGUUUUACCAUCAGGUAAUGUAUUAGCAACAGGUGGUGUCGAUUGGACAACAAAGACAUUACCCACGAUGUGUGAAUUAUAUGAUCCGAUAAGUCAAACAUGGUCGAAUACAACUUCAUUAAAUUAUGGACGAUAUUAUCAUAAUACAAUCUUAUUAAACGAUUCUAUAUUGACAAUCGGUGGUUCUAAUGGUCAAAUUAAUUCAUUGACUAGCUCCGAAAAAUAUUAUUUAUAA